AGCUGGUGCCCCGCCUUCCCUGGGCCCCACCCACUGCCUGUCCUCACUCCCACCUUGAACCAGCCUUUUGCGCGUGUGACGACAUGGCGCCGUGCGUGGCCGCGGCGGUGGCGCAGGGGGCGGGCCCGCGGCGCGGCGCCGGAGGAGGAAGUGGCGAGGUUGUUGCUCCCUCAGCUCGUACCGCUGGCUCUUGGGGCGCAGAGAGGGACUGCAGUCUCCGCGGCUGCGUCGCGCUCCGUAGCAGUCCCCUCCAUGUUCCCCGGCACUACUACUCCCCUUCCUAAGGCCGCCGCUUACCCCGGGGUCUAUGGAAGUAAUGGAAGGACCCCUCAACCUGGCUCAUCAACAGAGCAGACGAGCAGACCGUUUAUUAGCUGCAGGCAAAUACGAAGAGGCUAUUUCUUGUCACAAAAAGGCUGCAGCGUAUCUUUCUGAAGCCAUGAAGCUGACACAGUCAGAGCAGGCUCAUCUUUCACUGGAAUUGCAAAGGGAUAGCCAUAUGAAACAGCUCCUCCUCAUCCAAGAGAGAUGGAAAAGGGCCCAGCGUGAAGAAAGAUUGAAAGCCCAGCAGAACACAGACAAGGAUGUAGCUGCCCAUCUUCAGACAUCUCACAAACCCUCUGCAGAGGAUGCAGAGGGCCAGAGUCCCCUUUCUCAGAAGUACAGCCCUUCCACAGAGAAAUGCCUGCCUGAGAUUCAGGGGAUCUUUGACAGGGAUCCAGACACACUACUUUAUUUACUUCAGCAAAAGAGUGAGCCAGCAGAGCCGUGUAUUGGAAGCAAAGCCCCAAAAGAUGAUAAAACAAUUAUAGAGGAGCAGGCAACCAAAAUUGCAGAUUUGAAGAGGCAUGUGGAAUUCCUUGUGGCUGAGAAUGAAAGAUUAAGGAAAGAAAAUAAACAACUAAAGGCUGAAAAGGCCAGACUUCUAAAAGGUCCAAUAGAAAAGGAGCUGGAUGUAGAUGCUGAUUUUGUAGAAACAUCAGAGUUAUGGAGCUUGCCACCACAUUCAGAAACUGCUACAGCCUCCUCAACCUGGCAGAAGUUCGCAGCAAAUACCGGGAAAGCCAAGGACAUUCCAAUCCCCAAUCUUCCUCCCUUGGAUUUUCCAUCUCCAGAACUUCCUCUUAUGGAGCUCUCUGAGGAUAUUCUGAAAGGAUUUAUGAAUAAUUAAAAUGGAAGGCCACAGAAAAGGGGAAAAGAGGAAAUAAUACAGUAAUCGUUAAUCCAGCAAAAAAAAAAAUGAAAAGGGAAAACCACAUAGAAGGGUAAUCCCGGAAAUGCUUCAUCUGGUGGACUGUGGGAGCAGAGGCAUUGCCAGGACUUGGGAAACAGUCACUGUGAAAUGCGCUGCGUAUCUCAUUCACUCACUUGAGCUAAUGAUUCCGACUCGGCAGACGCUAAACUCAUGGAGGUUCGGUUUCUCCUGAUACAAACCAAAUGGCUACCUGGAAUAAUUUCUUUCAAGCAACAGUUAUUUUUCUUAUCUUCAGGGUUAAAAUGUAUAAAAGUUAUGUGUAAUUAAUCUAUAAUGCCAUAAAGAUAAUGCAAAACCUAAAUAAUAUGGUGGCCGGAGGGGCUGCCUUAUAUUUGAAACAUGCUUUCUAUCAUGCAUUGACUGUAUGCGUUUUGUUAAUGCACAUUUUGUUUGUUUAAGGUGUGUUAAGAUACACACCCUUCUAGAUGAAACUAUAUGUGCCACACUUUGCACUACUCAUAAUGAUAACCUCAAGACUAUCAGAAGAAAUAUUUAAAUUUCCAUUUUAUGAAGAAAGGAACCAAAUUAUUAUGCUUUUUUAAAAAAAUUACCAGUUUACAUAAUUAAUCAGGGUGCAUUUUAAGUUCUAACUUUGUUUAUUGUAUAAUGCAUCAUUUGAAAAUACCAAGGAGGAAAUACCCUUGUUUUUAAUGAUGCAAGAGUGGAAGUAAUGCUAGUUGGCAGUAUUUGAUUGUAAGAAAUCAAUAAAGUAAUUGUGUUUUA